CCAUCCACCACUUUACCCCUUCACACCCACUUUCCCGCCUUCUUUCCUUGUUCAUUGAGCUUCAAUUCCUUUCGAUACCCGUUUUGAUACCCACGUUACACAGCCAUGUCCGAGUUCAUCGGAUCUCGCAUUUCUCUCAUCUCAAAGAGCGACAUCCGCUAUGUCGGCACUCUCGUUGAGAUCAACUCAGAAGCCUCCACAGUCUCAUUAGACAAUGUGCGCUCCUUUGGCACAGAGGGUCGCAAGGGCGGCAAAGACGAAUACCCGCCAUCAGACGUCGUUUACGAGCAGAUUGUCUUCCGAGGCAGCGAUGUGAAGGAUCUGCGCAUUGAAGAGCCUGUCAAGGAGAAGGCUCAGCCUGCAAUGCCCCAGGACCCAGCCAUCAUCGGAGUAAGUCUAUGACACCACCCUUCCUUUUCUUUUUCGAUGAUGUAAAAUUUUCGGAUGUAAAUCAUUUAAACCACCGAGAGCGCAAAACCGUGUGGAUAUUUUCCGUUGCCUUCCUUCUGAGAUCCUUACCUACAAUCUGUUCCUGUCACAUUUUGUUGGAAGCAAA